ACACACACACACACCCCUUUCUAGGAAGCUCUUUAAAAAUGCUGUUCAUUUUGGAAAUUCAUUUCACGGAAGAAUUGUUAAACAUCUCCUACCUUCGGAUAGUAUGGAACGGUUUGUUACUAGUACUGGCACAGUGAUAACAAAUUGCACCAAAGUGACAAAGGAAUUACUUGUUCUUCUGGACUUUUCCCUCUUUCUAGAUUCAAUCUCUCUCUCUCUCUCUGUAUGUAUAUGUGUGUGUAUGUACACACAUACAUAUAAUCUAUGUAAAGCCUCUGCUGGUGGAAUAGGGAGACUGUAUAAAGUGUUGAAUAGGUGCUCUUGGGUGUUUUGCCACAAUUACUUAAAUUAUUGUGGAGGAUCUUAGAUUUUUUUUUAAAAAGAUAUAUUUUUGUUGCCAUCAGAAAUGUCAUGCAAUUUAAAGGACAAGUCACUUCUGUGCUAUGCAUGAAGGCUUUGUAACAGCCACAGCCCUUUUGAGUUUGUCCAGGCUAGCUGAUGCGUUGACAACGAUAUCAUGGAAUAAAAUACUUUAAGCCGAGUAAAUAUCCCUGUGAUCUAAAAAGAAAAGAAAUAGGUUGCAACACGCCCCUUAAUUCUUCUCGUAGAUAUACUUUAACAGCACUGAAGGCAGGUGUAUCAGAUGAAUGGAUUUUAAUGGAAAUGACAUCCAUAUACAUUUGCUUAGAAUUGCAGUUCUGGUGCUUUGUGUCUGAGAGCAUUUAUAUUGUAGGUACACACACCGCAAGCACUUACCACAUGCAGCGCACACAGGCACACACCCAUAACAAGGAAAUGAACCUUUGUAUAUACAUUGUCUAUUGAAGGGACUACAUUAAUAAUGUACCAUAGGCUUUAGUGGUGUUCUGCUGAGUUGGACCACCUACAUUUCCCCCUCAUUUUGUUGUUUUUCUGCUUCAUGCUUUGCAGUGGUUUUUUUUGGAGAGCCAGACAACUUCUCAAUGUACAACAACCGAGUGAAAAGAAGACCAUCCCCCUAUGAAGUGGAGAUCUCUGAUGGGUUGAACUGGUCGCCUGGGUUGGCAUCGGGAAGGAAAUUUCCCCUGCGGCACACUGGCAGACACCGGGGCUUUUUCGCCUUCCUCUGGAGCAUUGAGCAGGAUCAUCUGUUAGGAUCAGGUCCUCAUACAAAGGUGGUUCGUAGAAUAUUUACAAAUAGCCGUGAGAGGUGGAGGCAGCAGAAUGUCAAUGGGGCUUUUGCUGAGCUCCGUAAGCUGAUCCCAACCCAUCCACCUGACAAAAAGCUCAGCAAAAACGAAAUCUUGCGACUGGCUAUGAAGUACAUCAAUUUCUUGGCCAAGUUGCUCAAUGACCAGGAAGAAGAAGGGAACCAAAGGGGCAAAGUAAGCAAAGACACUGGCAUAGUGCAAGAAGAUCUUCUUCAGGACAUGCUGUCUCCAAACUCAAGCUGUGGAAGCUCAUUAGAUGGAGCUGGAAGCCCAGACAGUUUCACUGAGGAGCAUGAGACAUUAGAUCCUAAGCAUACGAGAGCUCUCCACCAUUCUAUUCUUCCUAUUGAAAGCAACACACAGCGAUGAUGAACCUACAGAGAGGCACAGGCAAGCCCCUGGAUACCUGGUAUUUGGAAUUUAUGCAUGUCCUCUUCAGCUAAAGAAUAAAAUGGGUACUUCUUAAGUUUUCCAUUCAGCCUCAACAAUCUGAGAAAGGACAGAGCAGCAGGAUGUGAGAGAAUAACUGGAUUAAAUGAAGUCCCUCUUCCUUGCUUCAGUCCCUGAUGCAGCAUCAGCCUGCAAAGGUUGUUUUGUUACUAGUGUGUUUUUGAAAGAUUUAACACUGUGGGCUUGAAAUAUGUAGGUGGCUCAUCAUAGAUUUGUACCAGGUUUAGAAAAGAUCUGACGCUUUGUCCUUGUUCAGAUUACCUCUGUUUCUGCAUUGUGUUGCCCCACUUCCCUCUUUUGGUCAGAUCAAGCAUCUUCCUUCCUGUAUGUACAUCCUUGACCAUGGAAACCCUUAAAAAUAAUUCAGGCUGUGUGGUGGUAUUUCUCCCACAGCUCACAUGGUGGAAAUUUAUGCAAUCUAUCUUUGUUCUUCAGACAACAGCUUUGCCUUUUUUUUUAAGGAAGAAAGAAAAUACCCCCUGUGAAGGAACAGUUAACUUUGUUUUGCUUUCAUUUUUUUAAAUAUAGUCCAGUUUUGGAUUGUUUGAGAUCUUGUAUUUAUCACAUGGAAUUCUUUUUGUUUAAUGCCAGCUUGCAGUAUCUGCUGAAGUUAUUUUUAUUUUUUUAAAAAGGUACAUCAGCGUGGGGUCUUGCUAUCUAGCUUCUGACAAUUCAUCACAAUGUUUUCUUCUGACAUGGGUGAGCAGUAGUAUUUCUUUGGACAUAUUGUUUUGAGGUUCCUUGUUUAAUUUUUCCUGAAACAAGAGUGAUGAGAAAUUGUGUGUGUGCAUGUGUGUGUGUGUGUGUGCGCAUACAGUCUUAUAUAUAGAAAACAACAUUUCGGAAAUGCACUUUUGUCUUGUUUGGGUUUACUUACGUAAAAGUUAUCAAACACAAUCCACCAAGAAUCAUUUAUCUUAGCUGGUCAGAACAGCUGAGUUGCAUGCUUGGCUCUAGAGGCAAAUGGCCAACUGUGCUGUACCAUGGACCCAUGAGGGAUUUUUAUAGGCGAUGCCUCUGAGCAACUGCUCAAAAUCAGCUGUUCUCAGUAGCUUCAUGGAUGGAGAGCUCCUUUGUAUUCUGUUGUACAAUUUAGCCCUAUGGUUGUGUGUUUUUUGCAGUGUGUGCCUUUACACGUACCUGCUCUGGCCAUUUUGCAUACACUGAUUCAGCUCAAACACUUAACCCAGCAUAAGGUGGCCAUAAGAUGACCAUCAUAAGGUUGCCACUGGGAAGCCAUUUUGUUUUCAGAAAAUAAAAUGGCUUGGGAAUCCAAACAGCUUCAUAGAAAAAUUUCUAAUGAAAUGCUGAAUGGUUUCCGAUGUGUGUGAGAUUGUUGGAUGUCGUAAAAUAUUAUUGCUUUGGGCAGACAAUUUUGGGGGAAAAGGAAAAAGGAUUGUGUUUGUGUUUGAUUUUGUGUGUGUGUGGGGGGGGGAGAGAAAGAAUGAAAGAGAGAGAAAGAUUGUUUACCCUGUUGGACAGCAGCCCCAUAAAUACCCAACAAUAGGUGCUGUAGCAUUGUCUUAUUGCUGCUACAUUUGAACAUCUCCCUUCAAUUUUUUUUGGCUGGAAAAUAUAUUUUUAUUAGCUGGAAAUAACAACAAAAAGAAAUCUAUAGUCUGGAAAAGAAAUGUGAAAGUCAGAGUAAAUGACUUGUAAAGCAUUGAAUUCUAAUUCCUAGGCUGUAAGGAUAAAUAUAAAAUACAAUUAGUGUAUAAACCCCAUUGAACAGAGUGACUCACUUCUGAGUAACUAACCACAGGAUUCUGCUGUUUCUGUGUUUCACUCAGGCACUGCUUUGUGUAGCCAUCAUCAUUACGCCAGGUUUGGAGUAUUUUCUUCCAGACCAAGAUGUGCUUUUUCAUUGUUUACACAGACUCUUUUCCUAGAUAAGUAUCUAAAUGGGCAGUUGAAUGCAGCUUCAUCUGGCUAUUUAGCUAACAAAGGCUGUGGCACAGGGUUGCCCAUGCAUCAAUAAAGAGAAGAUUGGAAUUUAUCAAACUGCUGUGCUAACAAUAUGUAGGGGAGCAGGAGAAAUGCACUACUUUUUAAAUGCAUUGGUCUGAGAAUGGGUGCAUGGAGGUAUGUGUACCUCAUGCCAUCAAAAAACCUGAAACCUUCCUAAUACUGUAUUGACAGCACUUCCUUGGGAACACUAUGACAAAUGUAGACCUGAUCAGCCUGUAAAGGAAACCGAAGUUCAAAUGCUCUUCUUCAUGGAGCAAAUGAUGCUUUAAUUUAGCAGCCCUAGUAAUUAUAAUAGUUACAAAUUGGCCAGAGCAAAGACAAGAAGAUCAGGAUGUACUGAUAGACCUCUGGGUGAUUAGCAAGGGUUUUUGUUUCCCAAUGGUUUGACACUGGCUGUAACAAAAUGUCCCCCCUCCAGUCAAGCUGCUAAGUCACUUGUCUAUACUAAUUCAAAUGUUGACAUGUACUUUUAUUAACAGGCAAGGGAAAUAUGUGGCCCUCCAGAUGUUGUUGCACUGGAAUUUCCAUCAAGUCUUCAAACUUGUCUAUGCUGGUUGGGGUUGAUAGAUUUGUAAACAAACAGAAUUCCCCAUCCCAAAUUUAUAUGCGGGUCAUCCCACGUUAUGGCAAUAGGUUACUGGUGUCUCAUGAGCCACCAUUUCACAUCCAACUGUUGUUGAGGAACUUCUGGGGAGAAAAGGCUGUUCCCUUUUCCCCACCACAAUCUAGCUCACCCACAUGAAAGCGAUAAAAAUACAUCUUUGUCACUGAUAUAGUAACUGAUGUGAUAGUUUCUGACAAAUUAUCUCCCUCCCCCAUGAAAAUGCCCUGCUUUUGUAGAAACUGUUUUAUCUGUACCAAUACAGAAACUUGAAUUCUAUCAUUUGAUGUAUGUUGACAUCAAAAGUGGGUGGGGGAUCAAUUAUCUGUUUUGAUAGUUUCACAUUUAUUACCAGUCUGGUGGCACAACAACAUGUGGAUACCUUUGUUCAUGCUUUACUUAAGUUUUCACAUUAUAUUCUAGAUCAGCCUAUUUUAACUUGGUGGUGCCCUCCAGGCAGCAUGGAAAAUGGGGUGAUGGGAGUUGUAUUCUAAAACAUUUGAGGGGAAACAGAUUGGGGAAGACUGUCCAGGAUGGAUGGAACAAUUCCCAUUUUCUCACUGCUGAUUAACAUCACCGCUCCUUACAUUCUUUCCUUAUAUAAAGGGAAUGGUUCUCUUAUUCUAAAGUAUGUUGGUUGAGACACAAUAUAUUAGACAGUUUACUUUUUAAAUGUGACAGAAAAAAAAGCAAAAUAUAUGGUACAAAUAGCUGCCCUAAAGACAUAAUUGAAAUGCUAAGGUUUCUGAAAGAUAACCCAGCCAUUUUAAUGGAACGGUGUAAGGCACAUUCAAAAGGUAGUGUCCCUUCAAUGUGCGUGUUAAGGAUUGCAGCUAUAUAGACAAUUUUAUGUUUAUUUAGAAGAAAGUCAACUGAAUUCAAUAGGGUUUACUUCUGGGCAUGUAUACACAGGAUUGCGCCCAUACUUAAGAUGUUAGUGGAAUGCGUAUGAAGAGGGAGGACAUGUUGUAACUGAAACUGCUAGAGUGACAAAGCAAAACAGGAGAAACAGCAAAAAAGCAAUGUUAAUGAUUGAUGUGUUAACCAUUCUUUAUUUUGGUUUGCAUUCUGCUGCACCAGACUAGGUACCAAUCCCCUCCAAAGUAAAAACACAAAGCACAACCCACAAUUCUCCCAUGUAUGUUUGUUGGUACUGGUUCAUGGCAUUCACUCAAAAAAUGAGAAACCAUUCUAAAAAGGUAUGCCAGGAGUUUAUAUUAAAGAGUCUCAGUUGUGCAGCUAGGUUUGUUUGUUUUUGUAGAUUUUAGACUUAAUCAUCUUGUGGUGGUAAUGAUGGGGUGGCUUUUCCUUCUAAAGCUUAGAUAAUAAUAUGUGUUACUUAACUUAAAUCAGAGGCUGGACUCCUCUUGGUGUAUUACACAUGUAUAACUUCCUUUGUGAAUGUGGUCAGAUAUUUUUGUCCAUAUUUUUGUCCAUAUUCCUUUCAAGAUCAUGGAAAAAGAGUUGCAUAUGUGGUACCAUUGUGCAUGUGCAUUUGGUUGCACAAUUGGUUGUGCAUUAAGUUGCAUAAUCCAUUGUGCAUCUGAUUAUGCAAUUUUUUAACACUCAACACAAGGGUUGAAUAAUUCUGCACAUAUAAUUCUGCACAUUACCCUAUGCAAAUCUGAUGUUUGAUCUUGGCCGGAAUGUAAUUUUGCAGGCCUUGAUGCUCAUUCCCUUUAGUAAGGUCCUGGACUUCCUUCCCUCAGUCUUUCUGAUAAUAGCUACAUCUAUGAUAAAGCAGUCUUUCAAACUACAGUUAUAGCACUAUGAUUCCACUUUAACUGACAUUGCUGCAUCCAAUGGAAUCCUGGGAUUUGUAGCCUGGGGAGGCACUAUAGAUCGUUGGCAGAGAAUGCUAAAUGCCCCCCUCCAAAAACUGCUAAAACUUCAGAAAACCCCAGAAUUCCAUAGGAACAAACAAUGGCAGUUAAACUGGAAUCAAAGUGCUAUAACUGUGAAAGGGCCCAACAUCUGAUUUUCAAUUAUAAACUAAGAACAAGGAGAAGAAAAAUGACAUGUGUAUCCCAAAUCACAGAUAAUGCAUGUGAAUGAGGAGUGGGGUGGAGAACGUAAAGGGGAAAAACACACUAGGCCUGAUUUUGAGUUGAAAUGUGCAUGACCUACUAGGAAGUUGCUCAAUGGAAGUGUACUAAUAAAUAAGUAGCAAGGUUCAUUUGGUUCAACACAUUUCAAGAUGUGUGGAGGCCACACCAUGAAAUACAGUGCAUCUCCUUUGGUUUCUGUCUGCUCUUCCUUCCUUUCUCUGCCUUCCAGAAGAUCUCUGUAGAGAUGGCUCAAGAGAAUUUUAUGGAUCAAUGCAUGGGGUUACACAGUCAUCUCUUGGUAGUGAGUGAAAUCUGGGUGUCAGGAAGGACAAUUCUUGAUAUUUAGACAGACUGUUCUCUCUCUCUCUCUCUCUCUCUCUCUCACACACACACACACACACACACACACACACAAGCAUGCAUGCGCCCACACAGAGACACGGACCCACUUCCAAUCCAUGUGAGGGCAGGGAACUAUCUAAUUUAAAAAAUAAAUAAUUUGUAAGCCGUUCUGAAAGCCUUCGUGGCUGAAGAGAGGAGUAUAAAUACUCCAAAUAAAUAAAUGUGAGGGGAUCCCAUGACCCUUUCCAAAAAUACAGUCUUCUUGUUGUCUCCCAGCACCCAAGCAUCCAAGAUCUGUUGAUAUGUACUUUAAAUUGUGGUUUGGAUGGUACAUCUUUACUUUCCCACACCUCCUUUCUUGCCUGUUCUGUGUCUUGUUGUAUAUAACACCUUUGAAAUGUUAAGUUCUGAAGAGGCAGCACUUUUGGUCAGUGUUGUACUAUGUGAUGGAUUUCUUUCUUUGCUCACUUUGUUUUUCUGCAUUUUAUAGCAGAAGUUAAGUAACCAGAACUGGUACCUUUUUAUUCUUAUUACCUUUGUAAAGCCCACAAGGUGAUGUGCUAUUUAGAAAACACAUUUGUUGUAAUGUGUAUGUAUAUAUAAAUAAAUAUAUAUAUAAUGACUAUAUUGAGGAUAUUUCUAAAUAAAGGUU